UUCACGCGCAAGGAAAAAACACAAUAAAUAGGUCUCCUAAUCUCCUUUUCCUCUUUUUUUUAUUUAACUAUUUAUCGUGCAAUUGAUUAGCUUCUGAAGAGCUAUUCAUCAGAAUGUUGUCACGUAUUGCCAUUAGAUCCAAAUGUGCUAUUGCACGCUUACCUGUACAGCACUUGGCUUCUCAGCCAUUGAGACAGUCCAUUAGACCAUCUGUUCGUUUCCAACACACUUCUAAGCCUGCUCUUGCUAAGCUUGCUCCUCUCGAUACUUUCCCUCGUCGUCACAUUGGUUCUGAGGGUAAUGAAGUUCAAGAUAUGUUGAAGCAGCUUAGAGUUAAAUCUAUUGAUGACAUGCUUGCAAAGACCAUUCCUCCCACUAUUCGUUCUCCUAAGCCAUUAGCUAUUGGCGAAGGUAUUCCUGAACGUCAAUUGCUUACUCGUCUCAAGGAAAUUGCCUCCAAGAACAAGAUUGCCCGUUCUUAUAUUGGCCAAGGCUAUACUGAUACGGUUGUACCCAAUGUCAUUUUGCGUAACAUCUUGGAAAAUCCCGCUUGGUACACUCAGUACACUCCUUAUCAACCCGAAAUUUCUCAAGGUCGUUUAGAAUCUCUCUUAAAUUAUCAAACUCUUGUCACUGACCUGACUGGAUUGCCUAUUGCUAAUGCUUCCCUUUUGGAUGAAGGUACUGCUGCUGCUGAAGCCAUGUUGAUGUGCUGGCAAGCUGGCCGUCGUAAGAAGAAUCUUUUUAUUGUAGAUGAAAACUGUCACCCUCAAACUAUUGCCUGUCUCAAGACUCGUGCUGAAUCAUUCAAUAUUCAAGUUGUUGUUGCAGACACACUUCACUAUAACUUUUCCGAACACAAGGACCUUUGCGGUGUUUUAUUACAGUAUCCUGAUACUCGUGGUUCAGUUAGAGACUAUGAAGCUUUAACGGCUAGUGUUCAUGCUGCCGGUGGUCAAGUUGCUGUUGCUACUGACUUGAUGGCCUUAACUUUACUCAAAUCUCCUGGUGAAUUUGGUGCUGAUAUUGCCCUUGGUAACUCUCAACGCUUCGGUGUUCCUAUGGGCUUUGGUGGCCCUCAUGCUGCCUUCUUUGCUUGUAAGGAUGAACAUAAGCGUCGUAUGCCUGGUCGCUUGAUUGGUGUCUCCAAAGAUGCUGAUGGCAACAACGCUUACCGUCUUGCUCUUCAAACAAGAGAACAACACAUUCGUCGCGAGAAAGCCACCAGUAACAUCUGUACCGCCCAAGCUCUCUUGGCUAACAUGUCUGCCAUGUACGCUGUUUAUCACGGUCCUGAAGGAUUAAAGGCUAUUGCUCAACGUAUCAACAAUUUGACUUCUGUUUUGGCUGAAUCCAUUCGCAAAUCUGGCUUUGUGAUCGAAAACGACGGUAAUUUCUUUGAUACACUUGCCAUUAGAGUUGGUAACUCUUCCUCUAUCAUCACCAAGGCUGCCGCUGCUGGUAUCAAUCUUCGUGCCAUUGACAGUGGUACUGUUGGUGUCACCCUUGAUGAAGCUGUGACUCAAGACGAUCUUGCUAAAUUGAUCCAAAUCUUCCAUAAGGAGGACCACCCUACUAUCUCUCUUGAAGAACUUACUAACUCACUCGAUGCCAACAAGAUUACCUUUGCUAGUCAACUUCAACGUACUUCUUCUUACUUGCAACACCCUGUAUUCAAUUCUUAUCAUUCUGAAACCAAAAUGCUUCGUUACAUUCACCACCUUGAAAGCAAAGAUCUCUCACUCGUUCACUCUAUGAUUGCCUUGGGUAGUUGUACCAUGAAAUUGAAUGCCACUACUGAAAUGAUUCCUGUUACAUGGCCCGAGUUUGCCAACAUCCAUCCAUUUGCUCCUGUUGAACAAACCGAAGGUUAUCUUACCAUGCUCGAUGAACUUGCUGAUGACUUGAAAGAAAUCACUGGCUUUGAAGGUGUCUCUCUUCAGCCCAACUCUGGUGCCCAAGGUGAAUAUGCUGGUCUUCGUGUUAUUCGCGCUUACCACCAUGCCCGUGGUGAAACUGAACGUAAUGUUUGUUUGAUUCCUAUCUCUGCUCACGGUACAAACCCUGCUUCUGCUGCCAUGUGCGGUAUGGAUGUCGUAAUUGUUCAAUGUGAUAAUGAUGGUAAUUUGGAUAUGGAAGACUUGAAGGCCAAGGCUGAGAAGCACAAGAAUAAAUUGGCUGCUGUCAUGAUCACUUAUCCUUCUACUUUUGGUAUGUUUGAAGCUGGUGUUUCUGAAGCUUGUAAAGUUGUUCAUGAAAACGGUGGUCUUGUCUACCUUGAUGGUGCCAACUUGAAUGCUCAGAUUGGUUUGACCAAGCCUGCUGAAAUUGGUGCUGAUGUUUGCCAUAUGAACUUGCAUAAGACUUUCUGUAUUCCUCAUGGUGGUGGUGGCCCUGGUAUGGGCCCUAUUGCUUGUACCAAGGAACUUGAACCUUAUCUUCCUGGUCACCCUGUUGUUGCUUGCGGUGGUAAAAACCCUAUUGGUCCUGUCUCUGCUGCUCCUUAUGGUUCUGCUUCCAUCCUUCCUAUUUCCUGGGGUUAUAUUAAGAUGAUGGGUGGUAAGGGUCUUACUGAAGCUACCAAGGUUGCUAUCUUGAAUGCCAACUAUAUGGCCAGUCGUCUUUCUGAACACUAUGAAGUUUUGUACACAAAUGAAAAUGGCAUGUGUGGUCACGAAUUUAUUGUGGAUAUCAGACCUUUUGUCCAACACGGUAUUGAAGCUAUUGAUGUUGCCAAACGUCUUCAAGAUUACGGGUUCCACAGUCCUACCAUGUCUUGGCCUGUUACCAACACACUUAUGAUCGAACCCACUGAAUCUGAAAGUAAGACUGAGCUGGAUCGUUUCUGUGAUGCCAUGAUUUCAAUUCGUAAAGAAAUCCAACAAGUCAUGGAUGGUAAAUUACCCAAGGGCAACAACAUGCUUAACAAUGCCCCUCACUCUAUCAAGACAUUGAUGUCUGAUAACUGGAGCCGUCCUUAUUCUCGUGAGAUUGCUGCUUUCCCUAUGCCUUACCUUAAGGAAAAGAAGUUCUGGCCUUCUGUUUCUCGUGUUGAUGAUGCCUAUGGUGAUCGUAACUUGAUGUGUACUUGUCCUUCUCCUGAAGAAUACUUGUAAUUUCUUUCUCUUUGUACUCUUAUCAUUGUAUUAUAGACUUUAUUUAUUCUUUUCAACCUUUAACAACUAGAUUUUAUAUCCCAAAAGAAUAAUAAUAAACAAAA